AUGAAAAUUAUCACAAAAGGGAUAAACGCUGCUAACGAUAGCCCACGAACUAUAAUUCGGUCUGCCAUUGAAGAGUAUGCUGGCGAGCGUGGAGUCGAAGAAACAACCACUAAUAACCCAGAUGAAGCCUUCAUCGAACAGGUCUUCUACCAACUGAUGAUAUUUUUCUUUGGUGGUGAUGAUGCAUUGUCCAUCACAAUUCCCCGUGUAUUCAGACAACUUCAGUUAAACCCCGAGUGUGUCGCGAAGUUACAAGCCGAAGAUGACGCUAUUCUUGGCUCUGAUCCAAGCCUUGCUGCAGAGAAGAUCCGGGAAUCGCCCCAUAUCCUGGACUCGUUACAGUAUACGCUGGGAGUGAUCAAGGAGACACUGCGCAUGAAUCCAGCAACAAUCACAAUCCGGGAAGGUCAGCCUUCAUUCAACUUGAAAAUAAACGGCGAGGACGAGCCAUGGCCGACAGACGGAUUCGAUCUCUUUGACAGCUCUAUCACCAUUCAUCAUGAUCCAGCUAACUUUGUCGACCCGCUCAAAUUCAUGCCCGAGCGAUUUUCCGCACUGGAAGGUGACAGGUUGCAUCCGGCGAAGAAUAUAUGGCGUGGGUUCCAGCUUGGGCCUAGGAAAUGUAUCGGGCAGGAACUGGCGGUCGUUGUGCUAAAGUUGGUGUUGGUAUUUACUGUCCGUAGUUUUGACAUUGAGAUGGCUUGGGAUAAGUGGGAUAAGGUGCGGGAAUUUCAGGGCUUGAAAUUGGAUCGCCGGAUUGUUGAGGGUGAACGAAUGUAUACCACUGGAAAAGCGACGUCGCAUCCCAAGGAUGGUGCACCGAUGCACGUACGGAUGCGGACCUCGGCCACGGAAUAA